CCGUUGGAUUGUGGGAUAUGUUGUCCCGUUCUCCAGACGGACUGAGAUCAGCCUCUGCUUCUCCGACAAUAUAUCCGACCAAACGUGCUGGUUAUGAUACAUACAAUUUAAUACGCGGUUUUUCGUGUUAGGAAAGCAGUCUGUUGUGAAAGAUAGCUGAUAAGUCGCUAAUCAAGCAGUGAUAUACUACAUUGCCCAGAAGACCCGCGUGGUGAUGUCAUGCGCAAUCACUAUGAUUUCUAUGGGCUCUUGGAUUUGAAAGUAAAUCGCACGGAAUUUUUCCUCCGCUCUCUCAUGCCAGCCUCUGUUAACUUGGUCACCUCAUCUGUCUCCUGCUGGAUCCGCAACAUUAGAGCGUCUGUGCAGCUGCUGUCCAACAGCUCAACUUGGAGAUGAACUGGGACAACCAGCUGAGCUCUAACCUUUCAGCAGCAGAUGGCAGCGUGGCCAAGAUGAGGGAGAGACUGACUUCAGUGGGGAAAUUCUCCAGUGGCAGAGAAGAUUUGUUUCCAUGGAAGGAAAUGAUUCAUGAGUCAGAUUUGGACCCUCCUACUCUUCCUGUUCCUCUGGCCCGAGCCGCCCUUCCCCUGCAGCCUUCUUCAUCUCUCAGCCCCGCUGUGCAGUGGGCUGACUUAGCUGCCAUCCAGUCACAGCUCCAAAUGCAGAGCCAGGCAAUAGAGUCUCUCACCCAGAAGCUGCAGGAUGUGGAAAAGGAGCGGCGGUCGCAGCAGUGCCAUAUCCACUCUCUGCAAGAGGAGAUUCGCAGGCUGCGUGAGGAGUCAAAGGAGAGGGACGAAGCGAGGAGGCGACAGUGUCCAGGAGCAGAGGGAGGGAUGGAGCAGUGGAGGAGAGAGGUCGGACGUGAGCUGAGCAGUCUCCGUGGACACAUCACCAGAGCCGCGUUGCUAGGCAACGUGGAGGAGAGUUUCAGCUCCAAGCUCUGCCGAGAGGAGCUGGAGCAGCUGCGGAUAGACGUGGACCAACUGAAAACACGGCUAAGGAGGCAGGAGGAGGACGUGCUUCUCCAGCAGUCAGAGAGCAGGAGACAAUAUGAACGCAGCUGCAAGUCACUAGAGGAGCUCACAGACAGUCACAGAGCGCACCGCUUUGACCUGGCCAAGACUGUUUCUCAGUACACUCACACACAGCAAGAGCUCCAGCAGAUCAGAGCCACUGUGUCAGGACUGAAGGAUGAAGUCAGGAAUCGUAUGCUCCAAGAGCGUCAGUGCACGCCGCUGCUGUCGACAUACACAUCAGCUCCAGCUCCAGCCCCGGUCCCCAGGAGCCACAGUAGAGGGAUCAGAGCUGAAAAGGCGGAGCUCGACUCCGAUUCAGAGGACUCCAGCCUCACCCCGAGCCUGGCUGAGGUCAGCUCAGAUGAUCUGUCAUGGCCGGACGACAAAGAUGAAGCCGCUCUUUAUCAGAAAGGUAUGCGGCGAGUGCGGCUGAGCACCAAGUCCAGAUGUGAUGUCGCUGGUCCAGGUAGUGAUCUAGAAGAGGAAGAUGAUGACGACGAUGGUGAUGAAGAUGAUGAAGAUGAACAAGACGAUGAUCUUCUUGAUGAUGAUGAUGUGGACUUAGGUUUGGAACCGGCCCUUGAGCUUAAUGACCUAUGACCUUUUUAAUAGAAGGUGCUGUAUUAUUGUUCAGGUGCCCACAGAUUUCCUGUCAUCAUUAUGAUUCACAACACUUCGGUGAUUUGAUUGGAGGAGGAUGCACUAUGUUGUUUUUUCCCAGUUUGCACAGCACCGCCUCUCAGCAAGUGGCUCACAAAGUGGUUAUGACACAGUUGCAUAACAUUGCUAUUUAUGGUUAAAGUUUCCUGCAAUCUCCUGUUGACUGUGAUUGUAGGCCACCUGAUACAAACAAAAACUGUGACCGAUUAAGUAUUUGAAUAAUUUCUUACUUACCUGGAUCAGUGUGGUGUGAUACAUGACUGAUCCCAAGUGGGAAGCAGACUUUUUGCCUGGGGAAGUGUCAAGUGUUUUUUUAACACUUCUUUGUGUUCCUGUUGGAGGGGUUGUUUGGGUUUUACAGACUCAAGACAGUUCAUGGUGUCACAUAAGUUGUUAAUUGCAAUAGAAGUUGUUUAAAUUCAUUCUCAGAUACUUUCUUACAGCUUCAGUUAAGUGUUUGUAAGCUUCAUUCUCACAGCUUAUAUCUGGAUAUGUCUGCUGAAGGGGUGCUCUGCCCAUUGCCUAAAAGUCAUUGAUAACACUUUACAAUAAGAGUACAACAAUUAACUUUAGUUAAUGCCGUAAUAAACAUUAAGUAACAGGUAAUAAACAUUAAGUAACAGUUAACUAACCGUCAACUAAUGUGUCUAAAAGA